AUGAUCUCGGCAAACCUUCUUAUCGUCGGCGGUCUUUCGACAGCUGUGUUGGCAUGCGCAUCGCAGGCUGAAGCUAUCUCGGAGCUUCCCAUUGUUUCGCUCUCUGAGGGCGCGGCUUGUGCUUGUACGCAGCUUACGGCGCAAUUCAGCAGCGAUGUCAUAGGCACCAAUUCCUCCAACUACACCACCCAAGUCACAGAUUACUGGGAUGUCCGCGCCGAUCUGUCCCCGUACUGUAUUUUCUUGCCGAGCGGGGCAGCCCAAGUUGCCAGCGCUGUUAGCAUCAUUUCUACAUGCGGCGCACAGUUCGCUGUCCGCGGCGGAGGCCAUAUGAAUUAUCCCGGAUCGAACAAUAUUAACGGCGGAGUCCUGCUUGCUCUAAACGGUCUGACGGAACUGAAUGUCAACAAUGAUACCGCAGGUGACAGUCCUACCAUCGAGAUUGGGCCGGGCAAUCGAUGGGUCGACGUCUAUGGUGCAUUGGAGCCUUACGGCUUAUACGCCGUUGGAGGACGUCUCAAGACCAUCGGAGUGCCGGGUCUUUCUCUGAUUGGCGGUUUUCACUAUUUUAAUAACAAGUAUGGUAUGAGUAUGGACCAGCAUGUCAGCUAUGAUGUCGUGCUCGGCAAUGGCUCACAGGUCGUGGCGAACGCGACCUCGAACCCCGAUCUUUUUUGGGCGUUGAAAGGAGGAGCCAACAACUUCGGCAUUGUCACAAAGUUCACGAUGAAAGCUUACCGGAUCCCCUUCCUCAGUACGACUAUUCAAAACUUCAAUGAGUCUAAUGUUGAAGACUUCAUCGCCGCUACAGCAGAUCUUGCUGCCAACAACCCUGCCGAUAUCGCAGCAGGUGCUGUCAUUAGCAUCCAGUAUAACGCUACGACCAAGGUCGUUGCUGCAUCGGUGCUGGGUGUGGAGGAAAGCCUCGUAUCACCGCCUCAACGGUUCGCCAACUUUUCGGCUAUCCCAUCAACGCUAGCUAUCAACAACGUUACCACUCCCACCCAGUGGCAUUCCCAAUUCGACACCCCCAAUCAGAUGUUCCGUGUGCAAUUCUUUUCCAAAUCUAUGAAGCCGGAUGCAAGUCAGCUUUUUGCUAUUUACCAAGCCUGGAAGGACGCAGUAGACACCAUCAGUGACGUCGAAGGACUGUAUCCUACGUUUGUGAUGAACCCGCUCUAUGCAAGUGCUGCGACAAUCGCUAAGACCAAUGGCAUUGGCAAUGUGUGGGGUUUGGAUGAUGAUCAGUCAUUGAUUAUUUGGCAACUUUCCACUGGCUGGGCCAACGCCGAGGAUGAUCUCCGCAUGACCAAUUGGGCAACCUCUUUCGGUGAUUACUGGCACACGGUAAACAAAGAUCUGGGCCUUGCAUCCGAGUUCUUAUAUAUGGGCGACAUUUCGGAAACACAGGAUCCUUACCCUGGCUUCCCGUUGGAGAACGUACAGAGAAUGAAGGAUAUCCGAGCGGCCUAUGAUCCUUUGGGUGUCUGGACUCGUCUGAAUUGGGGUGGAUUCAAGCUGUCUGCUUGA